AUGUCGGUCUCCAUUCUCUCCCUCCCGCCAGAGCUUGUCGAGCGCAUCCUUCUGUUCUGCCAUCCUUGCGAUGUCGCGAAAUUUACAGAGACAUGUAAGGUCGCAUACAGCCUGGUCUACAAGGCUGAAGACCAGUACCUCUGGCGAGAGCUAUUCCUCGCCUGGCCCUUCGAUGAUCUCCGCAAGGCGCCCCAGCCACUGCUCGCCCGAAAACCUGUCACCGAGCACGAUUGGCGCACCGCUCUACAGCGUCGGGUUGAAGCGGGCGAUCUGAUCCUGCGCAAGGAUGUAUUCUCAGGCCCGCAACUCCUGCGCGCCCUCGAGGCGUUGGUGUCCGUCGUCGAAACUGCACUCCCGCUGAGCGAUAGUCCCGACUCAGACGAGUCUGCCAACCUCCAAUGGUUGGAAACGCUCCUGCAUCAUAUCGCAUUCGACCCGGCGGCGCUCGUACCCACGGAGCGCCAACUAUACGCUCGCCUUAUGACGUACCACGCGUUAUCGUAUGAACCGGAUGUUCGCAGCCCUAUCCUGCGCAAGCGUCUCAACGAGCGCCGUCGGCAGAGCCGGUGCUUCGUGUACGAUCUGCGGAAAUACCGCGAAGAGACCCUCUGGGGCCCGUACAGGCGCAACGAGAAAGGCGAGCUCGUCGCCGAUUGGGAGCACGUCCAGCAUGUCGUGACUCUCGUUGCGCUCAAGCUGUGCGAGCUGCCAGGGAUGGCGCUCAGACUCUACUGCAAGCCGCGUUCCGGCCCCGCCGCAACACAAGCUUUCUCUGCUCCGUUUGCACACGAUCGCGAAUCGCAUGACUGGGCGGGAGUCGCGGGGACUUGGCGGCGCUUCGUGUGCUUUAUGGAUUAUCGUGAUCUGUACAAAUUCAACUACCCCAUGAACGCACCGCGCAGGCCGGAAUUCUUCGACGACGACUACCAAGAAGCAAUUCGCCCCGUCGAGCUGCACCUCAAGGUGCUCGAUCCCGCCCCCGCGGGACCUGCUACGGUCGCGGGCGUUGUCAACCCGGCGUAUCCGCCGCUCUUCUUCAAGGGCUUCUCGCGCGGCGCGCACGGCAGCGACGCGGUCGUCGAGGGCGAAGUGCGCCUCCUGUCGGACGGCAGCGUCCGGUGGAGCUUCGUCACGAAAUAUGACGGGCUCACGCAGUGGAGUGCGGAAGCUGUACAGAUCGGGAACGUGUGCAGCGCGGCGGGCAUUGCGGGAAUUUGGACCGGUGCGUUUCACGAGGAAGGGGAUCCUGCGGGUCCCUUCUGGAUGUGGAAGGUUCCCGCGGCCCUGCCUGUAGGAUUCAACGUCUAA